AUGUCGCUUGUCAAACAUGUUGUGGGUGAAUCUCCAGACCACUUGGAUUUGAUCUAUCUACUGCAUCCAAGUGACUUCCUCCCCGGUGAUGAUCGGAUGCAUCCCAGAGGAACAUUGACCGUUGCCGAAGAUCCAAAGGGUACACGGGCUCAAAAUUUUCAAUCUUGUGUUGUGGCCUGUUUGGAUCAUGGUUUCUUUCAACGUGCAUUGAGUGGAAUAAUUGGAAUGGCUAAGUUCACAGACAUCAACCAAACUCCUCAAUCUCAGAGUUAUUCUACCAUGAUUUUCUACCAGGAGCGUGCCACUUCCCCCAUUUUAAAGAAAGCGCUUGUAACUUUCAGAUUUGCAGUAAACUACAAGGAUCUGGUAAUUGUACUGAAGGUUGUACAAACUCUCAUAAGUUGCAAUAUGUAA